AGUGUCCCGCACCUGCAGUUGUUUUUCUUCGAUGUCUGCUACACUUGAGCCUUACAAAGACGAUGUAAUGAAUGAAAUAUUGGAUGUGAAAACAUGGAAAUAUCUAUUCUGCGUUGCCUCCUUUUGUUUUUGUUGGCAGCUACAACCUUAGCGGAAGAUGGACAGGUGACGUUUGUGUCCGAGCUCUCGUCCAAACCUGCCCAAAAACUGUCAAAAUAUGGAUGGUAUGGAAACGUGAGGCUUCAGAGGUUCCAUGUCCCAGAGGAGACCGCUGUCGCCCGCUGGGUGUUCACAGUGACUAAAAACCACAACUUCAACUGUCGACAGUAUAAUGUCUCCAUAUAUUUACGAUGGGGGGCCCCUCCAGUCAUAAACCCAGUUGGGACAGUGUUCCCCAAAGAUACGGUGUGGAGCUCUCUUCAUUCUUUGAAAUUACCCGUGCCAGUGACAUUACAGACCUCCACAACCUUUAACCUGACCUCCCCAGCAGCUGGUGACUGGUACAUCGCUGCUCACUUGCCUGAAGAUGAUGGUCGUAUAGAGCAAAAGGGCUUUCCGUCCUGCUCCUACUUCUUCCAGCCUCAGCUCUCGAUCCGAAAAGCAGUGGAUACUCCAGUGUUAGAGCAGGGCAUCGUCCUCCAGCAGACCACUAGCCCAAAGCGGGUUGCACGUCUUAAGUUGUAUGUUCCUGAGUUCUCAUCCUCGGUGUCCAUCUGGCUGGGUAACUGUUCCUCGGAGGACCUCCGCAGUGAGGACUGCCCCGUGGUCCUUAGGCUGGGAUCCAGAGCUCUGCAGGAGGAGCCACUUUCUGUGGACUGCUCAGGGACUCACUGCUCUGCCACCCUUCCCAAUCCUCCAUGGGACAUGUGGUUACAAGUUGUCGUGGAGACCAAUAACAAUAACCUCACUGUGACAUUCAAUAUUGUCUCAAACUACACGGUGAAGUGUAAGCCCAAAAGUGUAGGUCUUGCUGCUGGUGAUGAUUUCAGAAAACUCCGUGGCAGCAGUGCCUCUUCAAACUCAACAUCAGCUCAGAACAGCUCUGAGCCUCUAUUUACUAACACGUCCUCCCCUCUGCCCCCUGCCCCGGGGACAGCAUGUGUGUGGAACAUCCCAGUGCUCAGUGAGGAGCUGGAUGUCUUAUCUGUGCGAUACACUCCCACCAGUGGAGCCAACAUCAGUGUCACAAAUGCACAGCCCACUCUGCUGAGCUACCCUCUGCACACAGCCACCACUGGGGGCACUCUCAACCUCCAGCUCACACUCAACUCUACGAAUGCAACCAUGGGUAACGGCAGCAGUGUGAUAGCCUGUCUGUCCCCAUGGACACCAGUUCUGGAAAUCAAUCACUCUGUGUCGUGUCACACAGCUCUGUCCAAAGGAUACAGCAUCCGUGUGAGUACAAGUGUGCCCAAAGCUGUGGUCAGACUGCCUUAUCCUCAGUCAGCAACAUGGUACCUCACUCUGCAGCUCACCUGUAAUGGCACUGAUUGUGGUAAUGCAUCAGUGGUGUCAGUUGUACCAGAGGUGUUUGUCAGCGCCUGUGUUGAAGAUUGUGGCACCUAUGGAGAAUGUCGACUCAUCAGAUCCUUCACCUACCUCUACGCUGCCUGUAGCUGCAAGGCUGGCUGGAGUGGCUGGGGAUGCACUGAUGACUCCAAAGCUCUGUCCAUCAGUCGGCAGGUUAUCGCAGCUCUAAUGCUCACGAUCAGUAACCUCUUCUUUAUACCUGCCAUUGUGGUGGCUGUUAAACGGCACUACAUCACGGAGGCCUCUGUCUACCUCUUCACUAUGUUCUUCUCUACGUUCUACCAUGCCUGUGACCAGCCCGGUGUUGCUGUGAUGUGUAUAAUGGACUAUGAUGCUCUGCAGUACUGUGACUUCCUGGGCUCUGUCUGUGCCAUCUGGGUCACUAUUCUGUGCAUGGCUCGGAUUAAAGACACUUUCAAAUAUGCUCUGUUUAUGCUUGGAGCCCUGUUGUUAGCCUUGUCAAUGCAGCUGGACCGCAAAGGCCUUUGGAACAUGCUAGGCCCUGUGCUUUGCGCUCUGUUGAUCCUCGUUGCUGCCUGGGUAUAUCGAGGAGUGAGGCGCCAUCACUGCUACCCGCCCUCCUGGCGUCGCUGGGUGUUCUUCCUGCUGCCGGGUGCCCUCUGUGCCCUCAUCGCGGUCAGUGUUUUUGUUUUUGCACAGACUGAGGACAACUACUACUACACACAUUCGCUUUGGCAUGUCCUAGUGGCAGUCUGUGUGGUCUUCCUGCUACCUCCUAAAGAGAGAAACAGAGAGGCGUUUGGCUGGACCCAAGGCUUCAGCUGGACCUGGAACUGGAGGCCCAGGGUUUGUGGGUACACACUUUGUGAGAGUGGCAAAGAUGAACUCUACACAGUUACAUAAGUAACAUGUCUGCUUGUGUUUAUUUAUAUGAUUUGUUUUGUAUUGUACACCCAUGAAUGUACAAUAUUAGGGCCUCUAACACGCAAAAUUUAGGGUAGGGUGAUGUAUAGAAAAAAUAAAUGACUAAAUAAAUUAAAUUAAUCUGUAAUAUCUUGAUGACCAGCCAAUAUUGUAGCAAAUAGCACCUCUUGGCACCAAAAUGUUAUAGUGUACUUCUAAAUAGUUGAAAUUUGUUGGAAGUUGAAAUUUGUCUACUAACACACAAAAUGUACACAAAAUGUGUGUGUGUAUAUAUAUACACACAAAUAUAUACAUGCAUAUAUAUA